AUGACUGGAUACCGACCGACAGUCAGACUCGCGGACGUCCGCCGUCGACGCAAGACAACAAAAGGGUGUGGCUCUCCCGGAGCUCUCGGCCUUGUCACAAUGCGCACUAUCACCUCUAAACUCUCCUUCGGCUCAGCCGCGAGGUCCGUGUGUAAAGCGGCAAGGCUCGUGGCCUCAAGCUCUGAUGCUUGGUGGCCAAAAUCCGUCGGAUUACAACCAGUUAGAGUUCGGUGUUCUUUUUGGAAAACUCCAGCGUGAAUUAUUGGUUUGGAAGUCUUGAAAAAAUUGAAAUGGCUCAGGAAUAUAGUUGAAGUUUUUCUGAGGUUGGUAGUUAGUCCAUGUUGGAUGGUGAAUGUAGAAAGAAAAGGGUUUUAGGAGUUUUUUUCGUAAUUCAAAGACCAAUCAGCUAGUGAAAAAAAGCUUAUAUAAUAAUAAAAAAAAAACCCGGUUCAUGGACUUGAAAAAAGUGAGAUUUGUUCAAUGGUUCAGCAAUUUUUUUUUCCACUCCAAUCAAAAUUGUACCCGACGCAAUAAUUGAGUGUAAAAAAGAAAGAUCCACUUACCUCGAAAAUUCCGGGACGCAAUUCCAUAGGAAUAGACUGUUUUCGAUUGGCGGCUCUUCGUCUUUGGAUUUUGCCGAUUUGCUUUUGGCGUCUGCUCGGUGCUGUUUGCGUAUGCAGUUGGAUCCAUCUCGAUCUAUCCACUUUCUUGCGGCUUUCACAAAUUUUGCGCGGAAGAACGCAUGUGUGACUCCACGGAGGCCUUUUUUAUGUGUUCUUUGCAGUUUGGCUUGUUAACAAGUCUGAAGUGGACGAUUUUGAGCCGGCAAAUCAAGUGCCAAAAUUCUCAAUUAACCUUUUGGAACUGCAAAAUCGCUUGUUUUCCCACGAAGAAAAUGAACUUUCUGGAUAUCACGUAGACAUUUAUCUGAGAACAGCUGGCUGGUUGGUUGUUUGAAACGAACGAACACAUGGUUAUUUGUAGUUUUUCGCCGGGAAAAAACUUUGUUCGAGUAGUUGAAACAGAAGUUUUGAAGCAAGUUUUACGAAUGAAUUUCAGCAAGCGGCUUUGAUUCGGCAGUUCCAGGAACAGCACUAUCAGCAGUACAUGUCGCAGGUUUGUCUUACCCCUUUGAGAAAAAAAAAAUGUUUUUUUGUUGUUCGCAACAGGCAAAAAAGGGAACUUCGAGUAUCUCCUUGUAAGUCCAACAAGGUGAAAAUUUCGAUCCUCAAAACAAUCAACUUUUCUUGAUAUUUUGUCUAGCUUUCAAAGGAGAGUCUUCAGGUCUACGCUCAACAAGCCGCGGCAACGACGCCACGUGGUGAGAAGGCGCCGGACGACGAAAAAGCCCGCGAAGACGAUUCUGACGUCAGCGACGAGGAGCCUGGAGAUGAUCUUCCUUGUAAGUUUGAAGCUAUUCCCUUCCGUUCGUUCUGAGAAAAAUCAAAAAAUGAGAUUCUAAAAAUAGCCUUUAACUUUAGUUUUUGAGUUAUAACUUAAAUAACCAUGAUGGGGUCAAGAUGACUUCCUAAUAAACUGAAAAUCGAAAAUAGCUUUGAAAAGGUUAAGGUACUUUCGACGAACCCUUUUUGUAAGAAAUUUAAUAUAAAAAUAUGGAUGAAUUUUUUUAUUUCAGUUUAUUAUUAUUUUUUUCCACAAAAAUAAAAAUCACCAGCUCUCACCGUCACGCUUCUCAUGAAAAUUUUACUAGCACCACAAUUUCUUUCAGAUUGCUCUUCUAUUGCACAAGACACUAUGUAGGCGGUUAACACAGCUCUUUUUCCUUUUCAUUACUAACAAGCACUUGCUUUUCCGUUCUCUCUUAGAGUUUUGGUUACUUUGGUUCGACGGAUUGGAUUUCGAUUUGGUUUCUAAAAUCACCAGUUUUCAAUAGGAUUAAUGCACCUCGAUUAGGUAUCUGAACCUGAUUUUGCGUUUUAAAGUGUCGUCGAUACACGCGCAGAUGGGCCUCUUCUGUCACUGUAGGUUGUUUUUUCGUCGUUUUCCGUUUAUCCGUGAAUAAAUGUGAAACUCGACUGACAAAAUUUUUGUUAUGAUUUUGAGCUGCUUCACGACACCGCUUUUCAUUUGCAUGUUUUCGUUUUGCUUGCCAUGAGACUUUUUUUUUGGAAAGCUUCAUGUUUUGACUAUUGCCUGUUGGAACUUUUAUGAAUGAAGAUGUGAACUCUGAUCAAAUGGCACCUUGUAAUGCCUUUUUAACGCACUUUUGAAAACUCUCGGCCGUUUUGUAGCUGUCUGCUUACUUUUGUAAAGUAAAGCAGUUUUUAUGGAUGAGAGAAAAAAAAAUCUCAUUUAUAUGAUCCUGAAAUGAAUUUCUUGUAAAAUCGUAUUUCAUGGCUUCAACUUUGUAAUUGAUAUACAGUGAGGACGCCUUGUAAGAGCGAGCGAAUAAUUGAAUUUUAAUUGAAAAUGAACAUUUUAGCGAAUCCGGCUAUCGCGCCAGCGUCGCUAUGGAAUCGGAAAGAUAUCGCCGAGUUCAAAGUGAAUAUCAAGAAGGAAGGCAGCGAAGGCGUUAUCAAAGUCGGACACGGCGAGACUGUUACGGUAGGAGGUGACUUCAAGGAAAUUCACCUGGAAGAGGUCCGCAGGUUCGCGUGCCGACUCAUGAAGACGGCACUUGUCUCUACUGGGAAUUCGCCACCGACUACUAUGACAUCGGCUUCGGCGUCUACUUUGAAUGGACCAUCGCGGAGAGCAAUCAGGUUCUUCUUCUUUUCGAUUUCUGUCAAAAUGAAUAGAGUUAUUUUUCUUUGAAGAUCGAAAACCGUUUAUGUACUAAAGUUAUAGGGCUUGACCCUAGUAAUGUUUGUUUGUGAGAGCUCCUUUGAAGGUGUCGAUCCACGUGAGCGAGUCUGACGAAGAGGAGGACUACGAAGAAGGCGUCGAAGGAGAGGAAGGACCUCCGCCAGCCGGCGGCGCUCCUGGAGACGUCGAGAGCGGCGGAGCUCCGAGGUCCGUUGGCAACCAUUUCCUUUCCUACAAUCCAUUUUUCAGACGUGAGCGCAAUCCGAACAAACCGCGACAGGAUGAGAUCAUCCCCGUGUACAGACGCGACUGCCAUGAAGAGGUUUUUUAAUUUCUCAGAGUACCUCAAGGUUCUUAUUUUUUGCAGGUGUACGCUGGAAGUCACCAAUAUCCUGGCCGUGGCGUCUAUCUUCUUAAAUUCGAUAAUUCUUACUCUCUCUGGAGAUCCAAAACUCUUUAUUACCGUGUAUAUUACAGUAAAUAA